AUGAAUGUCUGCCCAUGAAGAAACUAAUCACUUUAACAAGAGAGGCUGCCCUCUUCCUCGGGGCUUCUCAAGGGGGUUAGUGUGUUUGUGUGUGUGUGUGUGUGUGUGCUCAUGCGAACACGCCAUCAAGUGUGUGGUGGUCUGCACGAGAGGCGGAGACAACAAAAGCAGGAUGUGAUGCAGCAGGACUCCACUCCUUCACACACAGCUCCAGUGAAAGCAGCCCAGCGCAGAGAGCGCCACCCGUUGACGAAUGAACGCCACGGCCGGGGGCCUGCUGUCAGUGGAGCCUUGCCAAGGGACUCCAGCUCUUUAUGUCAAGUCCAUCAAACACGUCACGACAGGUGUGAGGAUAAUACAUCCUUAGAAGACAGAAUAAUUAAUGUAAGUGUCAUUGAGGGUGAAAUCUCUCCUAAGGCACUGUAUGAAAAUAGAAAUCAUUCAUUUCAGGCAAAAAUACUUUCCACCCUAUCCCUAAAUUGUUGCCACGUUGAUCCCAAAUGAUAAUUGAAUACAUGUGCAACACACAGAUGAAACUGGCCCUGAAGACAUUACCCGCUCACUCGGCCACUCCACUGUUGUGGAAACCUUUCUUGUCUAAGCUCCACAACCAUGAAUUAUCCGACGCUCUCAUUCAUCUCCCUCCUUCAUAACACAUAAUUGCGCAACAGCUGAGCAGGUCUGGCUCAUCUUGUUAUGCGACGCCAUCCACUCUUCUUUGGCUGUUGGUAUGUGAGCCCUGCAUGUGUUCUGCACGGAGCACAAAUCCUCGAACGGCAUCACAUCCUUCCCGAAAAAACAAUCGUCAUAAUCAUACAGAUUUAUGGGAAUGCUUCCCCCUCGCUUCUCCCUACGCUUUCACACAGAUGUUAAUCCAGCUUUGUUGUUAUUGUCGGCGUAUAGAAAAGGGUUGUGGAAAUGAAUACACAGCCAUCCGAAGAGGCAAUAACCUGAAAAGCCAAAUGCACAGAGUUAAAUAAGCUAUAAGUUAAAUAAAUAAGUUAAAGAGCUCAUCUUGCAGUAGAUUUGAGACGAGCCACGCCACGACUGCCAGGCCCUGUUAUUGUGACACAAUAACAGAUUUAACACACUGCAAAGUACGACUUGCAGGAUUCAGGACGAAAAGAAAAGAGAAAUCUAAUAAUAAUAAAACAAGAGGUGUCAUAAAUGCUCAGCUUCAUGCAUAUUUAGUUACUUCAUUAGAAACGUAUGACAAACUCGCCCAAACCUCUCACGAGCGUGCAAUUCUGUGAGGUUACAGCACCACCUAGAGGUGAAUUCAGGCAACUUCCGGUUUUCAAGACAAAUCCAACAUGGCGGCUCCCUUGUUGACGUUUCCAGGCUUCCUGCUGUUGCGGAGUAGCAGCAAUCCAUGAGAGACAGCCGGUAAACACACACAGAAAGCAAUACUUAUACAUGCUGAAUGGUGCAAACUGUACAUUUAUUGUGUAUUUGGUUUGAUAUAUUUAUUGUUUAAGUGUCCUUUCUUUCUUCUUGCAGCCGCCAUGGAUGCAAUGGCUAUAGUCCACUGUGCUGAGCAGAUAGAGAGAUCCAAUGCAGACGGGAGCUUUGGGAAGGCGUUGACCCUCCUCGGGGACCUCGACAAGGCUCCCGUCACGGCGGAGCAGCUGGAGACGACAGACGUAGUUCACCGUCUCCACGGGCUCCUGAAAAGCUGCUCGGAUGACGGCGUGAGGAAGACGGCGAAGAGCUUGUUGUCCAAGUGGAAGAGGCAGUACGGCGAAGAAGACGCCCGAGGUGUGAACGUCACAGAGGACCCUGAGCUCUCACAGAGGGGGCCUCCUCCAGAGGAGGCCGAGGACGCAGGAGUCUCCGAGCAGGGGGAAGCAGAAGAUGGACUUCCUUCCUCUGCGUCCUGUCGUCUCUCAUCAGUAAGAUCCAAAUGCGUCCAGCUCCUUCUCGCUGCCCUCCGCCCCGAACCUCCCGACGGAGUCAAAGCCGCCGAGCUGGCCGCCGACAUCGAGCGGCACGUCCACGACCUGCACAAAUCCGUCAAAUACAAAGCCUGCGUGAGGAGCAAGGUGGCCAACUUGAGGAAUCCCAAAAACCGGCAUCUGCGGCGGGGCCUCCUGAGCGGCGUGUUGUCCCCGGAGGCCUUCGCCCGGAUGUCCGCAGAGGAGAUGGCCGGCGCAGAGCUCCGGCAGCUCAGGGAGGAGUACUCGUCCCGGGGCGUGAGCGAGAGGCAGCUUCCCCGGGGCCUGGAAGGGACGCGGACGCAGAAGGUCCGCUGCAAAAGAUGCGGCGGGUCAGACUGUAGGGUGACGCAGGUGUCCAGGGGGGCCCUUUUCUUGCCCGCGUGGGUGAGGCAGAGCGGCCCCGACGAGGACGCCAUGACGUUCAUGACCUGCAGCGGGUGUGGGCAGCAGUGGUACCACAGCGGCUGGGUCUGCCUCUAAACACAGGUCUCAGAUCCAUCAUUAAAUGUCGAUUCAUCGAUUCGUCAAUCACAAUGGGCAGCAAGAAUAUCAUUCAUAUGAGAAUAUUUAUGAUAGUAGACUAAAUACAUGUGGGUUGGUUGAGUAAAACAAGAUAUUUGAAGACACCAAACUGCCUUCUGGAAAGCUUUUAAAAUUAUUUCUGACAUUUGAAUUGCUAAUUAUGAAUAUCAACAUGAUAAUCCUUUAUUCAAAUACUAAUAAUGAUUUGUUGGCUUUUGGAAGAGCAGAGGAGGAGGGGCUUACAUUGUUUAGUUAUUCAAUGAAUUCAUCAAAUUAUUUAUUUUGUUAGACCAACAGUUCACUUUUGUCAUUUGUAUGUAUUUAUUUCUUAUUAACAUGACAUAAACUUCUAUUGUUGCCGGUUUAA